AAUGUGAUGAAGCAACAUCUCUCCACCAAUGCCGGUAAAGAGCUCACGGAGAAGAUCGGUCUCGUUUAUCAGAUCAACAUCGCUCCCAAGAAAUUAGGGUUUGAAGAGGUUACCUGCAUCGUGGAUCUGAAGAAAAGGAAAGUCACCAAAGGAAAAUAUGAAGGAGGAAAAAUGGAUGCUACUUUCUCCUUCAAAGAUGAUGACUUUGUCAAAGUUGCUACUGGCAAGAUUAAUCCUCAUAUUGCUUUCAUUAGGGGUUUGAUGAAGAUAAAGGGUAGUCUCAGUGCUGCGCAAAAGUUCACCCCUGCCAUUUUCCCAAAGCCUUCGAAGUUGUGAACACCGUGUAAGAAUGGUGCUGCAAGCCUCCCUUGAACUCACCAUCUGAUACUUGUCUCCUACCAAACAACCUGCAGUAACUUAUCCAACUGUAGAUUUAACUCAAGUCUAAUACAAACUGUCCGAGCUUCGUUUCUUCUCUGA